ACCUCGUUCUUUUUUUUUCUUCCUCUCUCUCUUCUCUCAUAGCUUCUGCAAACAGUUCCAACCCACAAGCUUCCAAACAAAGAGAAUUAAUGGAAAGUGAGAUUUGCAAGAAAGAAUUAUUAUUUAGUUCUCUUUGUUGUUCUUGCUGCAGCUAGCUAUCUGCUUUCUUGUUACUAUUAAAUUGAUGGCUUUCUUGUUACUAUUAAGUCUCUUCCUUAUUGGUACUGAUGAUGGCAAACCACUAUGCAAUUCCUAUUCCACACCCUUUAUAUAAUAAACCCCAGAUUCCAAACCCCUUCUCUUCUUUUUCUUCUUCUUCUUCUUCUUAUGGCUUGUGUUGAGAUCAGACACGUGUCCAGCAACAACAACAACAUCAUCAUCGGGUUUGGUUUUUUCAUGGUUUUUUUGUGUGGAGUGGGUAGUCAAAUAUGACCAUGGUUCCUUCUCAAAACGGGAAACAACAACAAAACAUUAAUAGGAGUGCUAUGAACCAGGUUAUUGAAGUUGAAGGAGGCUACAAUUGCUUGUUAGGAUCCGAUUUUGUGGCGAGGAGGCACAUCAUGGCUGAGGCUGAAGAAUCAUCGAGACACAAUAACAACACUAACGAGGAAGCUGAAGUUGGAGCUUGCGGUUCAAUCUCAAAGGAGGAGGAAGAAGAAGAAGAUGAAGAAGAAGCAAACAACAACAGCAACAACAACAACAACAGUAACUGGCUUCAAUUAAGCAUAGGUUUGACAAGCACAAAACAAGAGCGUGAUACUCGAACCGUUGUUCCAACAACAACAACAACCAGUUCAGGGCUUGUUGAGUUAGACUUGCUUCCUUUACGGCGGAGCUCGGAGCAGCAGCAGCAGCAGCCGCCGCCACCGGCGGUUUUUCCAGUGAUGGCUUCAGGGAGAGGAGGAGGUUCUUCUUCUUCUUUGCUUUUUGAGCAGCAUCAUCGAACGACGUCGUAUUCAUCUUCUUCUUCCAUGUCGACGAUGAUGUCUAUGGCCAGUGGUCCAAUUACAUCAACCUUUGGUCACCAAGAGAUGAUGAACUGGGCAUUUGGUCCACUACUUCCUCAAUAUUCAAUGCCUAUUAUGCCCUCUUCUUCAUCUUUCACUCCUCUUCCUAUUCCUUCUUCUUCUUCCUCUUCUCAAACUUGUUACUCUUCUUUGAGGCCUCAUCCCUUAGGAUCUUACUUUCCCACAGUACCCUUUCAUCAUCACUUCCCUUCUUCUUCCUCUUCUGGGUUUGAUCAAUAUGACGUGGCAGCUGGGCCAGGACCAAGCUCCGAUAAUAAUGUCACCGUUCGAGUUGUUGAUCCUCCUAGAAGACCUCAUUCUGGAAUAUGGUUUAUGUUACAAGCCUCUCCAAACCAAGCGAGAGAACCAUUCUUGCCACAAAUACCUAAGAACUACCUUAGAAUUAAAGACGGAAGGAUGACAGUUCGGUUGCUAUUGAAGUAUCUGGUUAGCAAACUCAGACUGGAAAGCGAAUCGGAGAUAGAGAUAACAUGCAGAGGGCAGCAACUUUUACCUUUCUUGACGUUGCAGCAUGUGAGGGAUAACAUUUGGAGUCCGAGGGACACCACCACAAGACCUUUGCUUUCAGAUUCCUCAACCACCACAGAUCAUGUCAUGGUGCUCCAUUACGGUAGAACCACAAACUGAAAGUGAGGACCCCCAAGUAACUUCAAAUGCAUCGUGUUAAUUGUAUCCCUAAUUGUUAACUUAUGAUCUAAACCCUUUUUUCCUCUUUCUUUUUCCAAUUUUUCUAUUCUAAUGGGUUUUGAUUAUUAUUUAUUUUGAUUUUUCUUCCCCUUUUAUAUUUCUUUUAAUUGACAUGGAGAUUAUGGAGAAUCACAUCCCCCCAAAACAGUGUUUAUUAAAUUAGGGUUUUGGGGGUGGGUAGCAUUACCCAAAAUUGUAUUCCCAUGUUGGGCGGGUGGGUGAGGGAUUGCCAUCAACUGUAUUACCAAGCACAAAACUCAAUCUAAUUUGAUCCACUAACCCAUUUUCCCCUUUUA